AUGCACAUUGCAGUGGAUAUGAAUGCUCCUUUUGCGGUGCAUGCUGGCAGUUGCGUGUGGCGGCUGUUGUCUUCUUCCGUGGCCAUGAGGAGAAGGGAGGGGGAGGAAGUGCGCAGCCCGAGUCUCCUUUCCUGCGGGUGUGAUGCACCGCGUGUGACUGCGUUGAGUUGGGCUCCGUUUCUCGUUGAGGGCGGGAUGGCUGGAAAUUUUGUUGCCGCGUCAUGGAUGGAUGAGGGUUUCUUUGCUGUUGUGGCUGGUGUGGUGGCCGCGGCGUUUUCGCUGUUUCCCUUUGGGUGUGGAGAUGAGCUGGAUGGAGAUGGUGGUGGAUGUCUUCUCCUCCUGCAUGGUGGGCGGCUGCUGGCGUUGUGUGCCUUCCUUGCAUGGAUGCCGUCUCGUGGUGUAUGA